AUGAGUGAUACUAAUGGACAGAUUACGUCUGAUCAGCUGUUUAAAGAAGCUUUAGAGAAGAAGAAACAGUCAAAACUCAUCACUAAAGUUGAUGUAUUGGAUUUAGAAGAAUUAAAAGACCUUCAAAGAAGGAAAAGAUCUGAAUAUGAGGGGUAUCUUAAGAGAAAUAGACUUGACAUGGGACAAUGGAUAAGAUAUGCUCAAUUUGAAGUUGAUCAACAUGAUUUAAAAAGAGCAAGGUCCAUAUUUGAAAGAGCUUUACUGGUAGAUAACUCUCAUGUGCCAUUGUGGAUAAGGUAUAUCGACACUGAAUUGAAAAAUAAAUACAUUAAUCAUGCAAGAAAUUUGCUUAACUUGGCUAUUAAUACUCUUCCAAGAGUAGACAAGUUUUGGUACAAAUACCUUCUCGUGGAAGAAUCCCUGGGUAACACAGAUAUUGUUAGAUCUUUAUAUAUAAAAUGGAUAUCAUUAGAGCCACUUCCUAAUGCAUGGAACUCAUUUAUUGAUUUUGAAAUUAGACAGAAUAAUUUCGAUGGUGUUAGGGAGACAUUCCUCAGAUACGUCUUGGUUCACCCAAGUAGUGAUACCUGGUUUAGGUGGAUCGACUUUGAAUUAACCUAUGGAGAUGUACCGAAGAUACGAAAAGUUUACUCGACAGCUAUAGAUACAUUAGUUUCUUAUUCUGAUAGUAGCUCUGACUUUAUUAAUGAAAGUAUCAAAAUUUUAAUUGCAUUUGCAAAUUGGGAAUCAACGCAAGAAGAAUAUGAAAGAGCCAAAGCUUUAUUCCAAUUAGGAUCUCAAAAAUGGCCUGAAAAUACUGAGAUAAGAGAUGCCACCAUAAAAUUUGAAAAGACUUUUGGUGAUUCGGCAACUCUAGAUAAUAAUAUUAUCCUUAGAAGGAAAACAAAAUAUGAAGCUGAGCUAAAUUUGAACCCAAAGAAUUAUGAUAAUUGGUGGAUUUAUUUAGAUUUAUUAGAAGCAUAUUAUUCGACAGAAUAUUUGACAAAACUAGAAAGUGCUGUUACGGAUAAUACCCCAGAUGAUAAGGUAAAAUCUCUAGAAUGGGAAAGGUACAUUUAUUUAUGGAUUAGAUGUUUAACACAUUUAGAACUGAAAUCUUCUGAUAUAUCAAAUUGUAGGAGAUUAUACAAUAAAUUAAUCAAAGAAAUAAUACCUCAUAAGCUUUUCAGCUUCUCUGAAGUGUGGAUUCUUUAUGCCAAUUUUGAAAUAAGACAGGAUGAAAUAACUUCUGCAAGAAAAAUUCUAGGUAUGGCUCUAGGAAUGUGUCCUGAUGAGAAAAUAUUUCAAAGAUAUAUUGAUAUUGAAAUAAAGCUAAGAGAGUUUGACAGAGUAAGGAAAAUAUAUGAGAAAUAUGUCUUAUUUAGCCCUGAUCAUAUUAAACCUUGGACAGAUUAUGCACAGUUAGAAUCAAACUUAGGUGAUGAAGAAAGAGCAAGAGGGAUUUUUAAAAUUGCUCUAUCUGAUAGUAUAAAAUGCCUAUCAGAAGCUUCAAAAAUUCUUCUAUUUAAAAGUUUCAUUACUUUCGAGACUGAUUCUGAAAACUAUGGAGGUGCAAGAAAUGUAUAUGAAUCGUUACUUGAAUUUACUAAUUAUGCUACUCAAGUAUGGAUUGAUUUUGCUUAUUUUGAGGCAUCUGCACCAACAGAGGCGCAACUUGAACAGAUAAAUAGGCAAGAUUCAUCAACAGAAGAUGGUGAUUCCGAAGAUGAAUUCGAAUUUGAGCCUUCAAAAGAAAACUUUGAUCGUGCUAGAGCCGUAUUUGAAAGAGGAAUCGAACAUUUUAAAAAUAUUGGUGAUACACAAUCAAGAAUAAAUAUGUUAGAAUCUCUCCAAGUUUUUGAGAAUAGUUAUGGUGAUGUGACUACACAGAAGUCUGCAUUGGGUCGUCUUCCUGAACCAAAGAGAAGUAAGAAAUUUAAGGAUGGUAUUGAAAUUGAAUAUAUCGAUUACAUUUUCCCAGAUGACGUCAGUGCAGAGCCAAAACCUAAUAUAUCGAAAAUUUUAGAUUUGGCUAAAAGUUGGGAAGUUGAACAAAGGGGAUAA